ACAAGCACGAAGACAGCCAUAGUUUACCAGCCCGCACAUGUGUUUGCGGGGGUCUGAGAUCAUGUCAGCAAUCAAGGUUGCCCUGCAGCAGAGCCAGAAGAGGGGCAGGAGGAAAACCUCUGAAGCAAUGUCUGCAGAGGUUUCGCCAGACUCCAAGUGUCUCUGUCUGGACAUGUUCAACAACAUCUACCUGGACCUCUGCCUGCACAAGUUCUGUUUCCGGUGUUUCACGAGUGGUUCCAAGAACAAAGCCGAGUGCCCUCUAUGCAAACAGCCAUUCAAUUCAAUCUAUCACAGCAUAAAAUCAGAGCAGGACUUCAAGAAGUUUGACCUGCGGCCGAUAGAGAAUGGCUCUUUUGGGACUUUUGAGGGAGUGCGGUUUAGAUACCGCACGACUCUUACAGGAGUCCACCGACAAAUGCAGAGGAGGACUCCUCCUCCAGACCAACGAGUAGUAAUGUUUGAAGCCACAACAAACGCUCCCGAACAGCCACAGGACCGCUACACGGCGUUGAUGAUGAGGUUGGCAGCCAAGAGAAGAGCUGCGAGCGAAGGGAGGGCAGUGAACGUCAGAGAGCAGGAGAUGAUCAACUUCAGGAGGAGCGUGUACCGACGGGGGGUGAGGGUGAGGAAUGUCCGCGAUGGUGGCCUCCGAGACACUUCAGCUGACUUCUUCCGAAAACCUGCCUGCCUACAUAGACUGAUCCCCUGGCUAAAAAGAGAGCUGGUUGUGCUAUACGGGGCCCACGGCUCUUUGGUCAACAUAGUUCAGCACAUCAUCAUGUCCGCGAUUACACGUUAUGACAUGGAGGAUGGAGCUAUUCAGGAAGAGCUCAGGCCAUUCCUCCAGGGGCGCACAGAGCACUUUCUUCCCGAGUUCAUCAGCUUUGCAAGUCUCCCUUCAACAUGAGCCUAUGACCAGCAUGCUGUCUAUGACUGCCCAGCCCCGUCCUCAAAUGAAGACAGCAGCUCCAACUCAUCUGUAAUAGCUUCUCAGGAUGAGGAGGGCUCCAUGGACGCCCCCGAGACUCCACGUCUACUCUGAGCCAGGGCGGUGUGGGACGAUGAGACACCUGGGCCAUCAUAAUCUACGAACGCAGAGCAGAUCGUCAGAGUGCCUCUCCGUCCUCGACUCGACUCAGACAGCAGUUUAGAGGAGGAGGCCCAACCGUUUGGAGCUUGUCCACAGCCAAUGAGUCCUCUUAACCAAACAAACGUGACUGAUGGUGGAGUUAACAAAGAAGAGUGUUGUCCUCUGACAGCGAUGGUGUGUGAUUGUGGGUUUGUCAAGCACGCAGACAGAACUCCUGAGCUGGUUAAGCUCUCCUCUGACUCUUGA